CAGAACCGAAAGCGGGCUUGCCGCCGGCGUGCGGCGGGCGCGUGCUCGGCUGUACUACGUGAUGCCGUGGAAUUUUACCAGAAUGGGAACGCUUAUGGAUGCGUCAGGAUUGAAAUCGUCAAAGUUGAAAUUAUUUGUAGAUUAUGCAUAAAAUCGAGGAUAGGUACCAGCUGGAAGCCCAAUUUCCCAGCGGCGCAUGACAAAUUUCGGAACCGCCUAAAGCCAGUUUGUCAUGCUGUUUAGGGACAGAAGGCGCCUUUUGUCAUGCUACUUUGGCAGCUCUAUAUCUAUUCCAAACCCGCAACAGGCUCACAAGCGGCCCCAUUUGCAAUCCCUGCAAGAGAGGCACUUCAUGCCUUGCAAUUUCGGCAUGAGAAAUUAUUUCAACUUUGAGGAUUUCAAUCCUCACGCUUCCAUAACGCUAUCGUCCGUCACGCAGCGCGCGGACAGCGCGGAGGGCCUCAUCUUCACGACCUGCCUGAUCAUCAACGAGGUCUGUGUUCUUCUUUCGCGUUACACGCUCGUGCUCUACGACCGGGAAUGCGUGGCCGAAAGCAAGGGAAACGAGGAGCACCAAGACCGGCAUUUCGGAGCAAACGACCUCCACAAUGACCACCGAGGAGGAUGGCUUGAUCACCACGACGAAGCGAACAUGUACCACACGCCUGGAGGGAAGGACAUCUUGUAUCUGGCAGCACUCCAGACGGAGCGUUUCUGGAGCAUUGCACUGCGGGUCGCGUGGCUGAUCUUUCCGCCCUAUGCAAUGCAAAAUCAUCGUACUAGCAUAAAAUUGCAAUACAAAUGGGCUCAGCAUUACAAAUUCAAUUUGUAAUGCGGAUCUACUUCAAGAAAAAAUUUGUAAUGCAUAACUCCAAUUAGUACGAGUACGAUAUUACUUUUGCAAUGCAUACGCCCGUCUUGAUGUUGAUCACUGCGGCGGUUCCAAUAUGGGAGUGUCAGGAUCGAAAUCGUCAGAGUUGAAAUAAUUUGUGAUGCAUAAAACGGAUACCAGUAGGCGCCUAGCUUUCAAGUGGCGCAUGACAAAUCUUGGUGGUGCCUAAAUCCAGUUUGUAAUGCUGUUUGGAUAAGGAAGACGCCUUUUGUCAUGCUACUGUAGCAGCUCUAUUUUUACCUCUCAACAGGCUUACAAUCUGCCUCCCUUGCGUACUCUGCAAGACAGGCACUCUGUGGGUUGCAUUUUAUGCAUCACAAACUAUUUCAACUUUGACAAUUUGAAUCCUGACGCUUCCAUAUCCAAGCGCAACCUAUGACGACGAGGAAGAGGAGCAGGUGGACGAUGGGGGCGACGAUAUUAACAAGGUGGACCUCGACAAACGGCACCACGACCCCGCGAACCACGAUGAAGCCAAGAACAAUAAUUCUACUCCUCUGUCUCCUGAGCAGCCGCGCUUGGCGGGACCAGCACAGGACGUCGGCGUAGUGGGUAGUUCCACAAGUAGUGGUCCUCGUGGCAGCAAGAUGAGCAAAAACUCGCGGCGCACCAAGUCGUCCGGUGAUCGGGUGUCCGCCAUGCACGACCAGCGGACUCGCAAGUAUAUCCUGUGCAAAAGCAUCAUACUCGUACUAAUUGCGAAUAUAAUGCAUGACAAAUGUUUUUCUGAAAGGCAAAACAGCAUUACAAGUUCCGCUUUCCUUCUUGCACAAAUUUGGGAUGCAAUUUAUACUAGCACGAUUAUACUUUUGCAAUGCAUAAAGUACAUGAUACAGCUACAUCGGGUAGUGCUUUUCGCGAUGGGUCUGCUCCUGAUUUUCGAAACGAGGCAGUUGCUCUGGAGCGAAAAUGUCAACCUACGACUGGCCCUCUUCGGCCCGAAUGCCCAGGAGCGACGGGAGCUACAGGGGAAAAACCUGCAGGAAGCGCUCUGGUCGCUCGCGCAAGUAUCGAAAAGAAUUUACCCCCCCUCCCCAUAUCAAAACGGAAUUUCUGAUGCUGGAUUUGUGUACACAAUAAAGGUACGUAUUGCAGGAAGGCACUGAUGCGGCCAGAUCCCCGGCCUAGGUGGGGGCGUUUGGGUCUAGUCGUUCAGCAUUGCAAACGGCUGCCCUCUAGGCCCAACAGCAUGCCAAAUCGCUUCCAUAAUGGGGCGGAAGCUUCUACCCUUGUCUUCUUGCAAGACAAACGGGAUUUGUGGCAGCGAAUCAGCAACGCAAAUUUUCGGAAAUUUUCGGAGGGGGAGUUUUUCCUUUCAAUAGCAGGCGCAAAGCGGUUUCUGCGGGAACCACGACAUGCAGGUGGUAUCCUAUGUAAAAAUAUCCCCACCCCAGAGUUGUCAUGCAGAUUUGCAAUGACAAGAACAUUUGUGAUGCGCAUCCCGAUGAUGGGCAUUUCCAGUCGUGUUCUGGAAUUUGUAAUGCUGUAAACAGGAUACGCAUCUCGAUUUGUAAUGCGGCUGUCCUUGCUAACCUGCACUACACUACGGGCUGCAACUUGUCAUGCGUGGCGUCCAAAACUCCUGGAUCUGUGUUGCAGAGAUCCCAACUUAACUAUGGGGUGGGGACAUUUUUACACAGGAUAGGUGGCAGCGGUGCUUCGCUACCCGUGGCUGUAUUUAUGAGAGUGCACAAGAACCUGAACCCCCCCCACCCUCCCACUCAUUUGUAUUGCAUGAAAAGCUGGAAUUAUACAAACGCCAGCACAAGCACAUCACGUGGAGCCUGUGCAUGGCAAAUUUAUGCGCCUAGUGUAGUACUGUUUGGGCUUGUUCUGGGAUCAUCUCUCAUGCAUACAGUGCCAGCGGGGAUGAAGCACUUGGAUUUUGGCUUUUGCAUGACUAAUGAGGGGGAGGGGGAGUUGUGCACUCUCAUAGUAUUUCCCGCGAGCGCUGUGUCUCGUUCUCGGGUGGUUUUUCUGUGCUGUGUUUGCCGUUCUGUGUCACGUUCUGCAGCAGUCGGACUCAGAUGAACAGUACACGGGCGAGGCGGCUGGCGGCCGCCUCAUUCCACAGGCCGCCAGUCUUCGGCUGCCGCGGGCGGUGUUUGUGUCGGAGGUGCUGGCGAUGCUGUUCGUGUUUGGCUUGCCGGUCUGGCCCAUGCUCCAAAACUGGCACGGCUUUUUCGAUAAAAGAAACCAUGCGGUGGGCACCCCGGGCACCCAGUUUACCACCACCGGAAAGGACCCCUUUACACCCAUUGCAGACGGGGUUGGGAGCCUGAUGGACAUUGCCUGGUGGUGGACGCCGAGUUGCGGCACCUACGCGGACUACUUGAUGCCCUUCUACAACAGCACGGCUCAGGCGUCGUGCGGUAGCGGAUAUCGCAAGAAAAAACUGGCGUCUCCUUCUCAACUUGUAAUGCGGAACUUCCUUGACCUUGAAACAGUUUUUUGUCAUGCGCGACAUGCCAGAAACGCGUCUGUCAUAUGGUUUUUAUUUUCCUUGUUGCUGUUUGAAGUUGAACGCAUCAGAGAUUUUUUGUUUCUUGCUUCGCAAAUUUGUAUUGCUGAGUCUGCAAUAAAGGUUUGAGACUGAGACACUUGUUUCUUACGAUAGCGGAGGUUCUGGACGAGACCUGAUGUGGUGGGAAUUGCCGUACGAGAAAGCCUUCAACGAUACCUAUUGGUCGGGUGAAGUAUGGGACCAGUACUAUAAAUGAUUAAAUGCUGACCCGAGAAAAUAUCGAUCAGUAUGUUGAUCAGAAUCUGUCUCGUACCAAGUCUCUGUGACCACAGUUUGAAAAAUAAAGCACUAAAUAAUUAUCCUGAAAUAAACCAUCAAAACGCGGCUGGUCCUGGUGUACUUGUAUUCACAUACGAAACGUGUAUCAGUACCGGAAAAAAUUUGAAUCAGAUGAAAGCGCACAGCACUGACCUCUUCAUCACCGCCCGACAACGAACGUGAAAUUAUGGGGUCCUCUGGGAAGAACAAUCGUUAUCGUUG